ACCGCUUUAUAUUCUUGUUGUGCUCAGUGCAGCGCUUAGUUCAGCUAGAUAAAGAAAGCAUUUUAUUCGCAAGAUAGUGAAAAAAAGAAAUUCCAAAUGUGGACCUAUAAUAGAAUGUGUACCAGUAAAGCGCGUCUUGAUGGUAAAGUUGCUAUAAUAACAGGUGCGAAUAGUGGAAUUGGUAAAGAGACCGCCAAAGAUUUUUAUAGGAGAGGCGCAAGAGUGAUUUUGGCUUGCCGGAAUCUGGAAAAAGGAAAGGCUGCAGUGGAAGAUAUAAAAAAGAAUCCAGAUCCGAGCACAGGCAAAAAGUAUAACGAUAAAUUAGGCGAACUCGUGAUCUGUUCAUUGGAUCUCACUAACUUAAAGAGCGUAAGAGAAUGCGCUAGGAAGAUUUUGUCAGAUGAAUCAGUUAUUCAUAUAUUAAUAAAUAAUGCCGGUGUAAUGAUGACUCCGUAUGAAAAAACCAAGGAUGGAUUCGAGCUGCAACUGCAGUCCAAUUAUCUCGGUCAUUUUCUUCUGACAUUAUUAUUGUUGCCGAGAAUACAAUCAUCCGCUCCUGGCUGCAGAAUAAUCAAUGUGUCAUCAAUUUGUCACCGCGUUGGUAAAAUAUACUUCAAUGAUAUAAAUCUAGAAAACUCGUAUAGUCCUAUGAAGGCAUAUGGACAAAGCAAACUAGCGAAUAUAUUAUUUACCAAGGAACUUGCACAUCGAUUGAAAGAAGCUAGGAUUAAUGGAAUAAACGUGUACUCUUUACAUCCCGGCGUUAUAAGAACCGAAUUAAGCCGAUAUUAUAGUAGAACGAUAAUUCCAGGUGCAAAUUUCAUCUACCGAAAUAUUAUGCGACCAUUCAUCAAAAAUCCGGUACAAGGAGCACAAACAACGAUACAUUGUGCGGUUGAUGAAAAAGUAGCUAAUGAGACCGGUCUUUAUUAUGCAGAAUGUCGCGUGUCCAGCCCACAAUGGAGAGCGAGAGAUGACCAAAUAUCCAAGAAGCUAUGGGACCUUACUUGUCGGCUAUUGCAUUUGGAACCUGAUGAAAAUUUUUCCACAUUUUUGCAAACUGUUUCACGCCAACUUGCUGAAUAAUGUUAUUCGUAUAAAAUCGAUUCAUAAAGUAAUAAAUAUAA